CCAUGAUGCACCCUCUACCAGCUUACACCACAGACAGCUCUCCGCCCUCGUACGAUGAGGUCGCUAAAAAGCUUCAAGACCUUAUCGGCGACAACCAAUCUCCAGAAAAAGUGCUGGAUAUUGCCAACACUCUCUCCGACGAUGAGAUUAACACUCUCGCGAAUGGGCUUGACACGCAUUACCCACUCCAAAACGACCAGCAAAAGGCUAAUUUUACGGUCGGUGUUGGCCAGACGUUGUCGUCCGAGGAAGGACUGGCUCGCCUGAAAAUAGCCGGAAAUGCAGCCUCUCAGGCCGUGAAGGAAAUUGACGAGAUCUUCACAAAGCUGCAACUCAAGCUCGCACAGAUUGACCAGAUCUAUGAAUCCGGGUUUCAAAAGACAUUGAUCGGCCUUCGGGACAAGACGUUCCAAGGUAUCCUUCGGGACAGCAGGUAUCUUGCAACUAACAUUGGUCAACAUGGAGAACAGUUUGACAAGAUAAUCAUCAAGUUUUGUGCGGACACCAACUAUACCGUGGAAGAGCGAAAGACUCGCAUUGCAAAGUUCAUUGCUGAUGCCCAGGAAUUUGAAACUAGCGCAAAGGCUGUACAGGAGCGAUACUCCGAGCUUUCUUCCAGCUUCCAGGCUUUCAUCAGCUCCUUCUCGGGCUGGGCCAAGGACAAGGAAGGCGAGCUCACCAACCAGAUCAAGGCCUUGGUGGAAGAAUUGGAGAAGCUAAACCAGACGCUCAAUGAUAUCAAAACAGCUCAAACCGCCAUUACCUCCAUUGCUGGAGUUGCUAUCCCCAUCGCAUCAUUGCUUAUUGCUAGUAAGGUCUUUCCGGGGCUCGAAUCGAUCAUUCUUAUCGGAGGACUCAUUGCCGCUGGUGUGGCCAUCUCGGCUGUAAUUGGACUGGCGAUCGCUGCCAACAGAGUCCAGAAUGACAUUGACGAAAAGACCCGCGAGAAGAAGAACCUAGAGGAGGAAUUGGAGCAGAUCCGUAAAGCACGGGAGGAACUUCAAUACCUGGGUCUGACAUCCCUGUCAGAGUUCAAGUCUUGUGUCCUGGUUCUCUCUAAUUAUUGGCAAUCUACAAGCCGGGAUGCCCAGCUCAUCCAGGCAUGGCUGGAAAAGGGAGCUGACUAUGCAGAUCAACCCGAGUAUAUGAAGAUGAACUUGGAGAAGGCUGUGGAUACCUACGCAUCCAUGGCCGUCUAUCUUUACGAGUAUGCAGCUGGAGUGCAAGGGUAUAUGGGAUCUAAGGGCUUCGUGCGGUUGAAUGUCGAGUGA